AUGGUGCAAAUUUGGAUUUUUGAUGCGACAUAUUUGGCAUAUACGGCGCAUGCUGUAUGUACGGGAAACGGAAUUUGCUUUCAGAGAUCAGUACAAGACUCAUCGUUGUUGAAAUUCCUGGUUCUGUUUGGCGUGAUUGCCGCGGCCUUCGCUGCCCCUGUUCCCGAUGAGAAGGUGGUUGCUGUGCACCAUGCUGUGGGUCCUGCAGCGCUGUCCUACGCUGGCCCCGCUUUGCCCCACGCUGUGUCCUAUGGUGCCCCUGCUUUGACCCACCCCGUGGCUCCUGCUGCAGUGUCCUACGCUGCUCCUGCUUUGACCCACCCCGUGGCUCCUGCUGCAGUGUCCUACGCUGCUCCUGCUUUGACCCACUCUGUCGCCUACGCUGCCCCCACCCCAGUGGCACUGCCCCCGGCCGAGGUCAAGGUCCCCGUCACCCGCACGCACGUCGAGGUCCCCGUCCACCAGAAGGUCCACUAUGGCACUCAGAGCUACGUCGCUGGCGCCACAACCACCAUCCACAAGCCAUCCCUGGCUGCGCCAGCCAUUGCCCCGCCCUCCACACUCCCGGCUAAGGUCACCCACAAUGCCCCUGAGCUCACCAUCCAGCGCCAGGAAGUGCCCGUCGAGAAGCACACUCCCAACUUCGUUGACACUCCCUACCACGCUGGCACCAUCGUCAAGUACACCGAGCCCGAAGUGCGCGAAGUCAAGGUGCCCACCCUCCACUCCGUGGCCGUCCACAACGCCGUGCCAGCCGUCCAUGCCGUGCCAGCUGCCGUGGUCAAGGCUGAAUAUUAA